AUGGAGAAUAUACUGAGAUCUGCAUUCUUCUCCAGCAGGGACCAGCAAGCAGCACUCUGCACCAGUAAGGACAAUGUGACGGCCACAGGGUCGGGAGCACAAGGUAAGCCAGAUGCAGGGAACGGGACCCCUAGCCAGAGGAAGCGUAAGAGGACCCUAUACAGCAAGUGGCAGCAGGUGGAGCUAGAGAGCGUCUUUGAAGUCAUCCCUUACCCAGACAUCAGCACCAGGGAGCACCUGGCCAAGAUCAUCAGGCUCCCCGAGUCUAAGGUCCAGGUGUGGUUCCAGAACCGCAGGGCUCGGAAAAACAAGAGCGGCAAGUUGGACAAAUCACUUUACAGGAGAGGCUCUACAUGUCAUCCUGCUCAUCUUUUCCUGAGGGCUGCUUCCCCAUCACAUUGCUAUAAUCAAAGGGAUCGCCUGAUUACCAUGUCUUUACCUACAAACCAGCCAAUGACCCAUGGGCACAAUGAUCAGCAGAUAACUGCCAUGCAGCAAGCGGGGCACUCAGCCUUUUAUCAGGCGUCUCCUCCAAUUUCUCAGCAGUACCUGGGAGAGGAGACAUAUCAGUGUGCCUACUGGCACCAGGAUCCACAGUGGCAGAAUGUCACCUCCAGCACUAUCAGUGCUACAAGCCCAGAAUAUGGCUGUCAGGCUACCUGGUAUGACACACAGCUGAAUGAUUUGGAGCAAGUCAUUAUGCCAUCCCAUGGUCCAUAUUGGGAGUUAUUCCCCCAUACUAUGAGUGAGAAAGGAUCUCAGACCUCUCUCGGAUAUAUAUCUGAUGUGAUUUAUAAUGCUGCCUUACUUACUAACCUGGGGGAUGUCUAGGUCUCCCCCCAAAUGUAGAUAGAGACACCAGCUCUCCGCACAUUUGUGGACAUUUGAUUUUACCCAGUUCUGAAACAUGUUUGAGAUCAUUGGGAUAAUGAACUCUAACUGGAUGAUGAAUCCCAGUAGACACCUGACAUGGUAUCGCCUCGCAUUUGCUGAUGUCUGGAACAAAGGUUUCAGUGGUCAUGAACUUUUAUUUUUCCAAGUGGAGUUAACACUGUCUUGCAGCUUUGUUUUUUUCCUGUUUUAAUAUAAAAAAAUAUAUAAAAAAGGGCAAAAGUCAUAUAAAUCAAAUAAAAAGUAUAUAAGAUAACAAAAAUAUAAAAAAUGCAACUUUUUUUUGCAAGUGGUAUUAUUUGUUACAGUCAUUGGCUAGACGUGCAUUUAUAUUUCCUUAGAAAAUGAAGGUGAAUGAUUAGCUUUCGACUGGUAGCAUGGGGGUCUAUGUACUAUGCCUUGG